AUGGCGGUGCUAAGCUUGACAAAAUUAUGUUGCAUAUCCGUAGCUAAGCAUUUCCGGAAUUACCCGAUAGAUGGAUUAGAAAGGUUACCAACUGUCAUUCUAAGUUGUUUACUGAAUUAUCUUGCUCCAAUCGAUAUACUUCAAAUUAAAUCAUGCCUGGAUGAAGCAGGUAUUAAUAGCGAUCAACAUUGGCAUAGAUUGUAUGCAGAUCGUUGGCCUCAUGGAGCGAAAAGGCAGUAUCAGCAAUUAAUUUAUCUUUCAGCUAUCGAUCCAACAUUUCAAGUAUCCUGGCAACAGUUGUAUAUGCAAAAACAUUUACAAGACAUUAUUAACAUGAUGAAUUUACCUAAUUUAACUGAAACAAAUAUUAAUCCACUACUUUAUGGCAAUGGUACAUCUCCAGAUUUUAUAUUUCAGCUGAAUCGUGACCAAACUACGAAUACUCCUACAGCAAAGGAGCAGAUAAUGGAAAUUAUCUCCCUUUGUUUACCUUAUAUCUAUCGACUUCACUUACAUAACUGCUCAUGUCGAGAACUUGCAAAAGCAAUUUUUAGCAAUAGAGAUAUUCCUUAUGCACUAUUGAAUAGCAUUCGACAUUUGGAAUUUCAUAAUUUAAGGGACAAUUGCAUUGAUUUUGCAUGCGAAAUUAUAUCCAAUAGUACACAAUUGAAUGAAGUCGUGAUGCGUUAUGCUAAGAUCAAUACCCCAAAGGCAUUCGGUCAGAUAUUACGUUCCAUAUCCAAUAACAAAUUUGAUAGAAGAUUGACUAUAGAUAAGUCUUGUCCAGACAACAUUCGUGAAAUUGACAAAGUUGUACCUGCAAGUCAGGGUACGAUAACAAGAUGUGAUAAAAUACUACAAGAUCGUCACAUUCGUCAGAAUAUGUGCGGUAUAGAAAUUUUGUGUCUCUCGUCAUAUUGGAUGGACGAUGCUUUAGUUGAAGUCUUAUGUGAGACCUUGACUACUUGGUAUGACUUAAAAUAUCUUCAACUUAUUGAUAACGGAUUUGGUAUCCUUUGUAUUGAUGGAUUAAAGCGAAUCAUGAAAAGUUUAUUAAAAUCAAGGACAAAAAAACAGCUUUAUGGUUUGCAAGUGGAACAAAAUUUUUUUGAAGAGGAUGACGAAAAUUAUUUGGCUGAACUUAUCAAUACUAAUAGCCCAAACGCCUCUUUUAGAAUACUUACUCUUAAAGAAGUGAAUCUCACAAUGCAGCAAAUAUCAGUGCUAUUUCAAUCGAUCGAUAAAAGUAAUAUUAGGAAGUUAGAGAAACUAUCGAUGACAGCAAAUAUCGACGACAAUAUUGCUGCUAAAUCACUUGGCAGCGUAUUAAUUCAUUGUGAUAACAUGGAACUUUGUCACUUACCAUAUUGUGAACUAACAAGAACAAAUUCGGAAAUUAUUUUAAAAUCUCUGCGGGAUCGUCGGAAAAACGGAAGUUUAACGUCUCUUAAUAUGGAAGGUAACCUGCUUAAUAGAACUGUGGAUAUUGAGCUCAUUAAUUCGAUCGUUCGAACAAAUAAUCUCCGAUAUCUCAAUUUAUCUUCCUGUAUCCAAACAGAGAUUACAGAUAAUUUUAUCAGAUGUAUUCGUGAUUGUAAAUCCCUGAUAUACCUUAAUUUAUCCCAUAACAAGAUAGGCGAUGAUGGAAUUAAUAAGAUAGGUUCAAUUUUUCAUAAACCUACUGUGGGUAUGAGUUUGCGAUCAAUAGAUUUAAGUGUCAAUAACAUAACAAUAACUGGCCUAUUAGCUCUAGCAUCUCGGUUAGAGUCUUUGCUGCCAUGGCAUCUAAAGUGGAUUAAUAUUAGUGGUAACUAUUUCAAUGGUCAGGUUGAAGACGUCACAAGUACAUUUAAUUUAUUAACGUCCGUAUUAGUCGCAGACGAUAUCAAUCGCGUUAACAUAUUUGCUGACUAUGUGGGUAUGAUGUAA